AUGCAGAAAGCUUGGUUCUAUGAAGUACAUGGUCCUAAGGAAGUCCUCAACCUAGGAGACUUCCCGAUUCCUUACCCAGUACAAAAUCAGCUUCUUGUCCAAGUUUGUGCAGCUGCUUUGAAUCCUAUUGAUUUCAAGUUGCGCUGUCGCCCUCUGGUCUUUACAGAUUUUCCGGUUGUUCCUGGUUGUGACAUGGCUGGUAUUGUGGUCGGAAAAGGAGAUCAUGUUUCAAGAUUUGAUGUUGGCGACGAGGUUUAUGGAAACAUCCAGAAUUUCAAUGCGGAGGGAGAAUUCAAGCAACUUGGGACCUUGGCACAAUUUAUUGUCGUGGAGGAGAAUUUGGUGGCAUCUAAGCCAAAAAACCUUUCAUUCGAGGAAGCAGCUAGCUUACCGGUGGCAGUUCAGACGGCAGUGGAGGGCUUCAAAAAUGCUGGUUUUAAAGAGGGGCAAACAAUCUUUAUAGUAGGCGGAGCUGGUGGUGUUGGAAGCCUGGCUGUACAGCUAGCUAAGCAAUUGUACAGAGCUUCUUUGGUGGCAGCGACCGCCAGCACUGCCAAGGUGAAGUUCCUAAAAACCUUGGGUGCCGACGAGGUGGUUGAUUACACAAAAACCAGAUACGAGGAAGUCGAGAAGAAAUAUGAUCUCGUUUACGAUACAGUUGGUGAAUCAAAGAAUUCCUAUGUGGUUGCUAAGGAUGGUGCUCCAGUUAUCGACAUAACAUGGCCUCCAUCAAAUCCUAGAGCAGUGCAUUCAAGUUUGACAGUUUCUGGAGAAAUUUUGGAGAAUCUUAGGCCAUGUUUGGAGAGUGGAAAGCUUACAGCAGUUAUUGAUCCGGUUGGUCCAUUCCAUUUUUGUGAUGUAAUUAAAGCUUUUGAAUAUUUAGAAACUGGAAGAGCUAGAGGAAAAGUUGUCAUCUCCCCCUUCUCAGUUCCAUAUCUGACCUCUGAAAUUUGUAACUCAAACCUUGUUCCUCAGAGAAGUAUCUGA